UCCAUGUGUACGCUUGCCACGUCUGUGACGACUCUGGGACUGGGAACGGGAAGGAUGGGGCUGGAUGCGAUUCAACCGAGGCAGGGCAGUACGGAGAGUGCGGGAAGUGGUGAUUCGGACAGUGGCGGUGUGUAUGGAUCUCCGAUCGCUUCAGCAGCAGCAGCCGCCCUGCAGUGGUACUAUCUGGCGAACCCACAUUCGAGCGAAUCUAUGCAGAGCUCGAAACUGUUCUCUCCCGCUUAUUGGGCCGGAAUUGAUACAUUCGCCCCAUCCACGCUGCCCAAGGAGGCUCUUAAAAUUGACCAAGAUACAAAAGACGAUUGCGAGUCACCACUGCUUGCCGAAGAACUCGCAGAACUGUGCGAUCAGUUCGAUGAUCUUGGUCUGUUCGAGUUAUCUUCAAGAGCACGUCCCAAUCAGCUGGAGCUGGACCAUUUCGCCGGAUACGGUAGGGCUUCUCUUAGUGCCUCACUAAAAGGACUUGCUGGAUAUGGAAGAAGCUUGUCGCCAACAUCUUCGCUUCAUCAGCAUCGUCAUCACCAUCAUCAUGUAAAGCACCAGCAGCAGCAACACUCCCACCAUCACCACGAGUUGCCAUUGACGAGGCCUCAUCAUCAGCAGCAACAGCAGCACGCCUUUCAUCAUCAUCAACCACUGCCCUUAACGAACCACCAUUAUCAACCGACGUACGGAGGACAUCACCCGUUGCCGUUGCACAAUGGCGCUUCUGCCGAACAGCAUCAGUACCAUCUGCAGAACACGGCCCAAAAGUAUAGCAAAGUACCGCCAUCGAACUAUCUCUGCCAUUUGUGCUUUAAGAAAGGACACUACAUACGCGACUGUCCUCAGGCACGUCCAAAAGCGGAAGGGAAAACACCGUACCAAGGGAAGAAGCGUUGCUUCGGCGAGUACAAGUGUCCCAAGUGCAAGCGAAAGUGGAUGUCGGGCAAUUCGUGGGCAAACCACGGUCAGGAGUGCAUCAAGUGUCACAUCAAUGUCUACCCACACAAACAGCGCCCACUGGAGAAACCCGACGGACUGGAUGUGUCCGAUCAAUCGAAAGUUCAUCCACAGAUGCUUUGCGAAAAGUGCAAGACGUUGGGCUACUACUGCCGAAGGAUUCAGUAG